UUUGAGCGAGGUGCCCCCUUCACCACUUCCAUAACAUGGGCAAGAAACAGCCGGGGUCAGCUGAGAAGAAGCCUGCAGACAAGAAAGGUGGAAACACCAAGAACGCCGACAAAAGCGACCAAUCCGAGGGCAAAGGAAAAGGUGGUUUGAAAGCUGCAACUGCAGUCAACGUCCGCCAUAUUCUAUGCGAGAAACACUCCAAGGCGACUGAGGCACUGCAAAAGAUCCAGGAGGGUCAGCGCUUCGACAAGGUAGCACAGGAAUACUCAGAGGACAAAGCCAAAGCUGGUGGCAGUCUUGGGUGGAUGGUGCGGGGGUCCAUGGUUGGUGCAUUCCAAGAUGCCGCAUUCGCCCUUACCCCGUCGACUGUCGACAAGCCCGUUUUAUCGUCUUUGGUCAAGACGAAUUUCGGAUACCACAUCAUCAUGGUAGAGGGCCGUCGAUGACUUUUGUACCUUCCGUCUACCAAGUACCCGUUUGCUCGAGUUUACAAUUAGUGAUCUACUACAACUACCGUACGUGGGUGAGAUACAAGCUACGGAUAUACGGAUCAGAAAUAACACCUGAAACGGGGGCAGCAUAACUACUGAAUCAGAUAGUUAAACAGUGUCGAAGCCCCAGCAGGAACAGAUGCCAACUCAUCCAUGUGACUCCUAUAAGAACUGCUGACUUGCACUGCAGUCUAUGACAGACAAACUAAGCCGCGCCACAGCCUGCCACCAGAU